UCUACAGUCAACCGUAAAUUUUCGAGCGUACAUCGUGCGGGAAUAACGAGACCGCGACGCUUCUCCCUACGCAAAGCGAGGACGCGCGGAUCAGAUGUCGGCAGGAAGAUGUUGACGUUAUUCCAAACCUAAAGAUGAAUAUUUGUUUCUCUGACGAGUCGCGGAAAUAUUAAAGGCGAAGAAUGGGAAGCAGUAUAUGUGUUGUCUCGUAUGCUGAAAGCUUGGAGCGCAGACUUUUGUUUCUCGGCGGUAAAUUUAGAGGAGACUAGCUGCGUUGCAGCAACCUAGCUAGCGACAUCGCAGCCCUUUUUGUGGCCCUCAGCGCUCCCUCCCAGCUACACCUAGCAUCCCGUCGCUUGCACAACAAGGAAAAAUGGUUUACCUGCUAAAUCCCAUAGAAAACCUAAGAGGCUACAUCACCAACCGUCCACCUCUGGUCAUUUUCAUGAUCAGUGUCAGUGCGGUGGCCAUUGCCUUCCUGACCAUCGGAUAUUUCUUCAAGAUUAAGGAGAUAAAGUCUCCAGAGCUCACAGAGGACUGGAACACGUUCCUGUUGCGCUUCAACGACCUGGACUUCUGUGUGUCGGAGAACGAGACGAUAAAACACGGCCUGAACGAGUCGACCACCCCAGAGAGCCUAGUGGUGACCAGCGGCCAGGCCCGCUCCAGCACACAGCCCCCCCUGCUGUUGGAGGACUCGGGUCCCAUCAACAUCUCCGUCUCCAUCACCCUCACGCUGGACCCCGUGCGGCCGUUCGGAGGCUACUCCCGCAACAUCACCCACCUGUACUCCACAGUGCUGGGGCAGCAGGUCGGCCUGUCAGGCCGGGAAGCCCAUGAAGAAAUAAACAUCACGUUCACUCUGCCCGUGUCCUGGAACUCGGACGACUGCGUGCUGCACGGCCACUGUGAGCAGGUGGUGUUCAGCACGUGCAUGACCAUCACAGCAGCCAGCAAUAUCUUCCCAGUCACAGUGCAGCCACCGCACUGCGUCCCAGAGACGUACACCAACGCUACGUCCUGGUACAAGGUGUUCACCACGGUCCGUGACUCGGACACCAAGUACAGUCAGGACUACAACCCCUUCUGGUGUUACAAAGGAGCAAUUGGCAAAGUGUAUCAUGCACUCAACCCUAAACUCACCGUCAUUGUCCCAGAUGAUGACCGCUCCCUCAUCAACUUGCACCUGAUGCACACUAGCUACUUCCUGUUUGUCAUGGUCAUCACUAUGUUCUGCUAUGCAGUCAUAAAGGGGCGGCCUGGCAAGGUGCGACAAACCAACCCUGACUUCUGUCCUGAGAAGGUACAACAGACACCAGCAGUGCUUUAUGACCUCAACAGGUGGCGCUGUCAGAGGGUUAAAAAGACGGCAGAGAGCUCUGCCAGAGGUUACCUGUAACAUGGACUCAGAGACACAGAAGAAAUGAAAAAAAUCUACAUCCCAGUUGCCUAGUGAUCCCUGGAAAUACAUGAAGGGGUACAAACGCUCUGUGAAUGCAUUACUCUCGCAAUGUUGGGGUUUCUCCAACCAAAGAUAUACAAGUGCCUGUAUCUGUGGUGUAAAUAUUUGUUGGUUCUCUUGAUUAUUCUGUGCAAAAGCUCUUUCUUGUUUAUUUUUGUUUGGGAUUGUUUAGCCCCCUUCCCUCCAUGUCCCCCAUGUGCCAUCCCAGAACCGCUAGAUAAACACAGAUGAAGGCCAGACUCAGUAACUUUACUGUGAAUUUUCCCUGGAGCCGCUUUUAAACUGAUCUUAAAAACUUGGUGGGUCAUUUGAAAUGUAGUUGAGGAGUUAGAGGUCCUCUCAGAUCAAACAGCGAGGAGAAUGAAAGAAGUCAGAAAAACAAUUUAACUCUCUUAUUUAUUUUACACCUACAAUCUUAAAGAAUCUCUCAUCCAUUAAUAUGUGGGUGGUAUCCAAUCAGUCCAAUCAUUUCUGCAUAUUUUGGGUUGACAAACAGAUUUCACCCAGAAAGCGUCUUUGCCUUAUUUUUCUCCCUCAUCACCUAUCUGGCUCCCAUUUCGCCUCACUUUGUGUAGUUUUUAGCGGACAUCUUCCCGGCAGCACCUGGAAACAUAACGCAAUAACAUCUUGCCUUACCUGCGGUGGACCAGCUGAAAUCAGACGAGACCUGACCCACCUUCAUACCUUCAGAGACCAACGUUUAUUUUGGAUGUUUUCUGCUGAUUAUUAGGCCUGUUGUUGCUAAAUGACUGCCUGGUUUUCUUUUUGUCUUUGUUGUUUUAUUUAAAGCUCCAGUGUGUUGUGUAUAUAGUGACACCCGGUGGCAAAAUUCUGAAAUUGCAACAAAUUGAACUCCCAGAAACUACAUAUCAGCGAAAGAAUAAUUUUUACUUAUGUCUUCAUUUUUCCUCUUACCCCAAAAUGUCACACACUGGAACUCAAUAUUUAAACCAUCCGUCAAUUAUCAUAUUUUUGAGCCACCUGAAAGUGCAAUUUUACACCAGUUGCACAUCUUCAGUUUUUUUGCAUAUUUGCAUAUACCUUCAUAAUUCUGGCACAUUUUGUUUUAUUUUCAUCGAGAUCACAUGUAAACUGUCUCAAAUUCAAUAAACUGGUCUGCAUCUGUGUAAAAAAAUUAUCAUAUUAACUUACUAGCUAGUGCUGUCAAAACGUAAAUCCAGAUCAAAUCAACCGCUUGACAGCAUCAUUCAGAGGCGGUGGUACAUUUAUGUCGGGGACUAUUUAAAAAAAAAAAAAAAAAAAAAAAGAAGCUUGUCAGCACUUAACAUGUAUUUCUACAUAAUAGUGUUGCUGACCAUUUAAUUGCAACCACUUCACCACAUUAAUACUACCACAUAUUUACCAUUGGACACAAAUCCUUUAGACAAAAUGUGCAAAACCCCACAGCUGUGUGAAUAAGCGUGAGUGGGUUUGGGAUUCUUGUAGAUUAAAAAGGUGGCUGUAGACUGACAUUCUCUGAAAUCUCCUUCAUAGAGACUUUUUUUUAUAAACACCUGGAAAAAUGUUCUAUCACUGAGUUGGCCUCAUUCUUAGAUCAGCUACUGUUAUUCAGUAUGAUCCUGACGUUUAUUGUCAGGAAAUUUGAGCUUUCUUAUGUUGAGAAAUGUACAAAAAAAUCUAAACAAAAUGUGACUUAUUUAGAAAUGGUGAGCUGUGAUUUAUUUUUUAUUUUUUUAGCAAAAUUUUCUUGUUGACCAUAUUGCGAUCUUGAGAGUAGUGAGAAACCCCAGCCCUGGAUGUGAUUAUAAUUUGACGGGUAAAAAUAGUACGACCGAUUUUUGUUUUUUUUAAUCCUGUCGGUCAAAAUGAUGGAGAACAAAAAAGUCUAGCACGACCUCUGCCCUGGACUAUACUGGACUCUAUUUGACAUCACACGCAUUCUGGAAUCUUAUGAAAAUGUUCAAUUUAAACCGAUUUCAUGCUUUUAGUUAUAUUACCACAUCCUUAAUUUACACAUCAACAUGUAGGCAUUUUUCUUUAUUUUCAAAAAAAUGUGUCUAUCAUUCUUCUAUGACUCGCUGUUUUUUGGUAAAUACCCCAAGAGUGACGAGCAUGCAUUAAGCUUCAUUUACUCCCAUUAUAUUUCUAUGGUGUUUGUUUUCCAAUUGGUUUCUUUAACUUGUCAUAUCUCCAACUUUAAACACAAAAGAGGCAUAGAAAUUCACACGUAGCCACCAGAGGGUUCGCCUAGUGACUGUUCAUGAAUAUGUGCAAUAUGGCUCAUAGUUUAGGCGCUGUAACAGUUUAUUUGGGCCUUAGAUUUCUUUUUGGUAAGCUCUCCAUGGCAACCGGUGACUGAGCAAUUCUUGUUUUCAUUUUUUUUUCCUCGGCUUGCUCAGCAUGUAUGUUUUGGGCAAAAGCUUCAUUGGUUUCCUUCCAAAUUUAUCGCAUUUGUUUUUUUUAUUUAAAUAUUUUUUUGUACAACAAGAACAAAAAACUGUUAAUUUAAGUGUGUUAUCACGAUCUAACCUCCCAACAGUCUCUAUGAAGCAGAAGCAGAGUUAUGAGAUCUACUGUGUGCCUGCUUGUCAUGUUAUAUGGUUUUGUUUCCCAGUCGUGGUUGCCGGUAACUUUAACUUACCUCUGUACUAUAAUUUUGUUUCAUAUUUAAUGUACCUGUUGAAUGUACUUUUUUAUAAGCAGCAUAAUCUAAAUCUGAGAUGCAACAAUUCCAAGUGAGUUUAAACUAUGAUAUAAUUUGUUUUUCUCUUUAUUUUGUUUCAGUUUGAAAGGCUUUACUUGAAUCCAGUUUAUGUUUGAGUGGUAUUUACAUGUUAUAAGAUGUAUCUUUUUGUGGUAAGAUUUAAUUUUGUGGUAUCAGAUGCUCUAUUUUUUUCGGUUUGUGUGUUGGUGAAUGGUUGAAAACUGUUCUUUGUUUUCUGAACAAAGUCUUCCUGAUUCAGAUGCAUCACAAUCUGUUUAUCAUCUCAUUUGCUUCCACUGUUGCGUUGAAGUCUGGCAGCUCAUUCUUGACAGACCUGUGUGAUGGAUGGAAACUGGGUGUGUGGUUGAUCGUUGUUGCCAAACUGUCAUUAUUAUCAUGUCUAGCCUGAAUUUGCCUGCUUCUUAUCCAUGUUUGAGUGAUUUAUUUUUUUUUUUUUCGCUAGAAUUGCCUCUGAUUUACUGCAGAUUGCCUUAACAUUGUCCAGUUUUACUUUUCUUUGCUUAACAUAUUGUAAAUCACGCCGGCUUAAGAAACAAAUCAAGUGUACACUUAAAGGUUUUUGGGUUUUCAAUGCAGUUUUACAUGCUCCUUCUACAUUGUACCGUUUUAAAAUGAUGGUUGCUUGACAAAAUAACCUUAAAUGCAGUGCUGUCAUUACACUUCCCUAUCCUCCCGACACGUUAGCAGCGCUUUUACGCAAGUAUUAAGCCAACUCUGUGCCUUCUGCACUGUCCAGCUGCAUCCUCCUCCCUGUACAUACACUAGAUAGGAUCAUAGGUUUCCAUGUGGCUAAGGCAUCAUUCAAACCCUAUUUCUCUUCAGUGGAACUGCUGUAAAUGAAUUCAAAUUUAAAUAAAUAAAUUGUCUCAAAAGUUCAA